AUGGCCCAGAGUCAGAGCCAAGCUCCUCAGACAGAGUGGUGGUCUGCCUUCCCAGCUCCAAGGGCCACCUGCCCCAAGAUCACUGGGGACGAGCUCAUGAAGCUGUUUGAUGAUAUGGAUAUCGAGUCUGGCCCAAGCCAGUUUGUCCUUGUGGAUGUGCGGCGGACUGAUUGGGAAGGUGGAACGAUCAAAUCUUCUCUAAAUCUUCCAGCUCAAAGCUUCUAUCAAACUCGGAAGACUUUGCUGGACUUAUGUGAUAGAGCUUCUAUCAAGCAAGUUAUCUUCUACUGUGGCUCCUCUUCAGGACGUGGACCACGCUGUGCUAGCUGGAUGCAGGAUUACAUAGAUGACAUUGCAAAGUUCGGACGGAAAACUGAUCUGAAGGUCUUGGUGCUCGAGGGUGGUAUUAAGAAAUGGGUGAAGGAUUUUGGAGGAUCAAUGAUGGAAGGGUUCGAGGAAAAGUAUUGGGAGCAGUUGAAGUAA